CAAGAUGGAGAGGUUCUCACAUCUGCUGCUAACGAUGUUCAUAACAACAGGUCUUUUUGUGCCAUGCAACACUUUUCCAUCUCCAGCAUCUCCUAUAGUGCCUCAUAAAACCUUCCUACCUCCAGUAUCUAUGAUUUCAUCCUUUGAAAGGCCUCCUGAGCCAGAGAGGAGACUGCUACCACUGACAAAAAUUCAAGGAGAGUCCCUCAGUGUAAAAGGAGUUUGUUCCCUUCCAUAUAUGCAAGCAAAAAAAAUCUGGUGCAAAGGAGAUCUCCUGAGAGAAUGUAACCCUGGGGAGCCUUUCAGUCUCUCAAGACCAGGAUGGCGGUAUCUUGCUACUGAUCCUGACCAAAGGAUUGCACUAAGGGAAUCAGAAAAUGGCUGUCUUGACUUUUUCAUAUCAGUUCUUGAGACAGAAGAUUCAGGGAUUUACUGGAUUGGGAUUCUGGAGGACCUGCAUAUUAUUCCUUUACGAAAAAUCGAAGUGAUAGUCCAAAGUCAGCCUAGCCCUGAUGCUGUCCAGCCUCCAGUAGGAAAGAAAGAAGUUCAAAAAAGACUGCAAAAUGAUGAUACUGAGUCAACAACCAGGAAAGAUGGUCAAAGAAUUUAUCAACUUAUCUUGGUUCUGGGUUCCAUUGUGGUUGGCAUAACAAUUAUUGCCAUCUUCACAUUAGUAGUCACAUUGCUCGCCAAGAGGAAAAUAAGAGCAGCACAUGACCCGAAUGUUGAUGAUAACCCAAAACAGACAAUAAUAACAUUACAGAUACAUGAAAUAAAUCCUGACAAAAAUCUUUCAGGCAAGGAAGUGAAUGCACUAUAUGCCAUACCGAAGAAGCCCAAAUCAAAAGGAGAAGAUGCUACAUAUGUCAACAGCAAGUUUCCACUGGGAUCAAGUAUUAUCAGACAUCCCAAUGAACCUGCUGUGCUUUCAUCUCUAGGAUCUGUGGAGUAUGCAAACAUAGCAUUUGGAUCCCAACAUAUCAGGGACUAAAAAAACAGUCUUAGUUAGCUUCACUUUUACAAAUUGUACAUUUCAGGUUCUGAAAUAUGGGAGGUAAGAGGGCAGUUUGUUUUAAAAUUGAAAGGCAUGCUCCAAAUUUCACUUCUGAGCAGUGUUGGCCUGGUUAUUAUUUUAACAGCUUACAGGUAAUAUAUAGAUCUAGAGGUCUACUAUCUGGAACCAGGGCAUGGGCCAAAUCAUACAGUCCAGUGAUACACAUAGCCCUUUAAAAGCCAAACCAGCCCUUAUUAUAAGAGUGAAGCAACCAUCUCAGGCUGGUAGGGGUGUGUGUGUUGGGGGGCAGCACUGGCAGUUCACCAGGCAUUCCCAUCCAUUAGAGCAGGUGUCACCAACCCCCAGUCCGUGGCCCAAGACUGGGCCACAGAGACAGAUCUCCUGCCCCCCCGACACCCCCAUACAUGCAUGAACACAU